AUGCGUACGUUUGCCAUUCUCGGUCUUCUAGCUGGUUUUGCUGCCGCUGGAAUGGUCACACUCGAACCGCGGAAAGCCGAACCAGACCCAAGGUAUACCCCAGUUACGGGCACUAAAUGCUGCAGCUCGGAACCGACGGAAGAUAUAAACAACUAUUGCAAAAAUGUCAACCUUACCGCCUACUGUUGCUCCAACAUCCGCUCUGACCAAGGGACUGGAUGCGACGGGGGCAUAGGCUGGACAACAGGACGCCUGAUCCAAAUGACUCGGUGGGAUUCGAGGUCGGCUUGUAAAGCCGCCAAUCGCUUUGGGUUUAUUGGAUGUGUUUGA